AUGGGUGAAUACUCGAAAGCACUGGAAUAUUACGAAAAAGAUCUCGAUAUAAUGAAAAAAGCUCUGCCUUCGACUCAUCCCCACUUGGCUAUGUCCUACAACAACAUCGGUGCAGUGUAUAACGAUAUGGGUGAAUACUCGAAAGCACUGGAAUAUUACGAAAAAGAUCUCGAUAUAAUGAAAGAAGCACUGCCUCCGGCUCAUCCCGAUUUGGCUAGUUCCUACAGCUGCAUUGGUAAAGUGCAUAAAAACAUGGGUGAAUACUCUAAAGCACUUCCACUUCUAGAAAAAGCACUUAGUAUUAGACUAAAGUCACUUCCUUCAACACAUCCACAUAUUAAGAGUGUAUUGAAUGCUAUAGCUCGUGUGAAAGAGAAGUUUUAA